UUGAAACGUACGCUUGGCACAAUAUUUUUUGUUGGCACAAUAUUUUUUGUUUUGGUAAAAAACUUACGAAAAACUUGUUUUUCUUUCGUGAUUAUUGUGUGCUUCUCUGGUAUUUGUACGAGUGCCAGUGCGAGUGCGCGUGAGAGAGAGAUAGAGAGAGAGAGGUUGGUUGAGGUUGAUCCAUUGUCUUCGAGUUGCAUCAAUCCCUCCUCCCUCUCAACGGCAAUCUGAUAGAACAAUGUAAUUAUUGUCAAUAUAUAAUUAUCAUUCUUUGUUUUUCUGAUCGAAGUUCGAAGAAUUAACGUCAUGGCAACCAGCGGAAACAAGAACAUCAAUGCUAAAUUGGUGCUUCUUGGUGACGUUGGAGCUGGAAAAUCUAGUCUAGUGCUGCGCUUUGUUAAAGGGCAGUUUGUUGAAUUUCAGGAAUCAACCAUAGGCGCCGCUUUUUUCUCACAAACUUUGGCUGUCAAUGAUGCAACUGUAAAAUUUGAAAUUUGGGAUACAGCAGGUCAAGAGAGAUAUCAUAGCUUGGCUCCAAUGUACUAUAGGGGAGCUGCAGCUGCAAUAGUUGUGUAUGACAUGACAAACCAAGCCUCAUUCCAUCAGGCAAAAAAAUGGGUUCAAGAGCUUCAAGCACAAGGUAAUCCAAAUAUGGUGGUGGCACUCGCUGGUAAUAAAGCAGAUUUGUUGGAUGCAAGGAAGGUGACAACAGAGGAAGCUCAAGUGUAUGCUCAGGAAAAUGGUCUUUUCUUUAUGGAAACCUCUGCAAAAACCGCAUUAAAUGUCAAUGAUAUUUUCUAUGAAAUAGCAAAAAGACUGCCUCGAGUUCGGCCAGAGCAGAACCCAUCCGGAAUGGUUCUGAUGAAUAACAGGUCGACGGAGAUGGCAUCCUGUUGUUCUUGAGCUGUUCCAUCAAUACCCGACCGUCCCAUUUUACUCCCCAGUGUUCUGCCGAUGAGGAAUUGUCGUAUCAUUCAUUCAGAAACCGUACAUGACCAUUUAGAUGCUCUAUAUGAUGGUACUUGGGAAUUGAGAUAGUCGUUUUGUGUGAACUACAUUGUGCAAGUGAAACAAAGUCCCUAUGGUAUAUAUAUGGAUUGUAUUAGGAUGCAUUAAACGGUCUUAUUAUGGUAUGUACGAAAUUAUCUUGUUUAUUGAUGAUAAGAAGGUAAAAAGUAAUGACUCAUUUUGGGUC